CGCCAUAGGCAAAGAUGGGGGGCGUGUUCAUAGAAAUGGCACUAUGCUGUCAAACCAAAAUAGGAAUGCAACCUGUGAAAAAAGUUGCACCUAAUCUACCUGCCUAGGAAGGAGCGUGAUUGAUGCCGUGAGUCCGGUGUUGGAGAGAUUAGUCAGAGAAGGGCUGCUGGAAAUGGAGCGUCGAUACAGAUGAGCUGCUACCUCCAACUUACAGUAUUCCCCGUCAACCCUUAGGGUGCCUUUCUGUGGGAAUACCUCACCAAGACCUGAACUGGACCUGACUCGCCUGCAGCAUCCAAGCAUUCAGUGUCUUAGAAUCUCUCAUAAUCAACUGAAAGACUGGUACUUAAAUUGAAAGGGUACUGAUCACUAAAGCAACCAUAUCACGUAACUCCUCAAUAACUGUCUUUAGAAGUAURAUCCAAGAUGMCUCCCACCACCAUGGAGGCGGCGGACAUCGUUGUWGUGGUGCUGUACUUCAUCCUGGUCCUUGCCAUUGGCUUCUUCGCCAUGAUGAAAGCCAAUCGGAGCACUGUGAGCGGUUACUUCCUAGCCGGCCGAUCAAUGAACUGGGCUAUGAUUGGUGCCUCUCUGUUCGUCAGCAACAUUGGCAGCGAGCAUUUCAUUGGCCUUGCAGGGUCCGGGGCGGCCAGCGGGUUCGGAGUCGCCGCAUGGGAGUUCAAUGCCCUCCUGCUCCUCCAGCUCCUGGGCUGGGUGUUCAUCCCUGUUUACAUCCACUCUGGGGUCUACACAAUGCCUGAGUACCUGGCCAAGCGCUURGGCGGCCGACGGCURAAGGUCUACUUCGCUGCUCUGUCUCUGUUGCUCUACAUCUUCACCAAGCUCUCUGUGGACCUGUACUCCGGCGCGCUCUUCAUCCAGGAGUCACUGGGCUGGAAUCUCUAUCUGUCCAUCAUCCUCCUCAUCACCGUGACCGCGCUGCUGACCGUCACAGGGGGCCUGGUUGCGGUCAUCUACACCGACACCCUCCAGGCGUUCCUGAUGAUUGGCGGCGCGCUAUGCCUAACCGCCAUUAGCCUGGUAAAAGUGGGUGGCCUGGAAGGGGUGCGGACCAAGUACAUGGAAGCCAGACCGAACAUCACAGCGAUAUUAGCAUCCUCCAACUUCACCUACAUCCCCUCCUGCCACGUGGAGCCCAAGCCCGACUCCCUGCGCAUCUUAAGGGGCCCGCUGGACAAGGACCUCCCCUGGCCGGGCUUCCUCCUGGGCCAGACCCCGGCCUCCAUCUGGUACUGGUGUGCCGACCAGGUCAUUGUCCAGCGGGUGCUAGCCGCACGGAGCAUCUCCCACGCUAAAGGCUCCACACUGAUGGCCGGCUUCCUCAAGAUCCUGCCCAUGUUCAUCAUCGUCAUUCCCGGGAUGAUCUCCCGCAUCCUGUUUGCAGAUGAGCUGGCGUGUAUCAGCCCAGAACACUGCAUGGAGGUGUGUGGAUCCAGGGCUGGGUGUUCUAACGUAGCCUACCCCCGCCUGGUGAUGUCCGUCAUGCCGGUGGGUCUGCGUGGCCUGAUGAUGGCGGUGAUGAUCGCAGCGCUCAUGAGCGACCUGGACUCCAUCUUCAACUCCGCCAGCACCAUCUUCACCUUGGACAUUUACAAAAUGGCGCGGGAGCGGGCGUCYUCGAGGGAGCUGAUGGUGGUGGGGCGUGUGUUCGUGGUGUUCAUGGUGGUUAUCAGCAUCGCCUGGYUUCCUGUKAUCAUCGAGAUGCAGGGAGGCCAGAUGUUCUACUACAUCCAGGAAGUGUCUGACUACCUGACCCCGCCCAUCGCUGCCCUAUURCUGCUGGGCGUCCUAUGGCGGCGRUGCAACGAGACUGGUGCAUUCUGGGGUGGCAUAGUGGGYUUCGCGUUGGGCGCCACGAGACUGYUGCUUGCGUUCGUCUACAGAGAGCCCCACUGCGACGAGCCGGACGAGCGGCCGUCUUUUGUCAAGGACGUCCAUUUCAUGUACGUGGCAGCCGGGCUGUUCUGGGUCUCAGGACUGGUGGCUGUGGUGGUUAGCCUCUGCACCCCUCCACCGAGCAUAGAGCAGGUCCGCACCACUACCUUCUGGGGGCUACGCCAAAGAAACACAACUCCAAACAUGGAGAGAGACGAGGAGAUGAGCAAGCUGAACCCCCAAAGUAAGACCCAUGUCAAUGGGAACGGCUGCAUGGACAAGGAGACGCCCAAAGACCUCCAUAAUGGUGUCAAUGGGGUGGAGGCUUUAUCCUAUAUGGAGGCUCCAUCUAAUCUCCAAAAUGGCGGCCACCUAACCUUUCCAAACACCGGAAUGGCGGUAGACCAAGAAAAGCCUUGGGUGGUCUGCUGUGGAGGAGUAGGAGGGGAGAAGGGGAGGUGUGUGAGGGUUCUAGAGUGGUUCUGUGGGUUUAAGGAGGAGCCGGCUAAGACCCGGCCCAGAUCAGCCGAGGAGGAAGAGAGGCUUUUGCAGGAGAUGCUCCAGGAGACCCCCAGAACCAGACUCGUCCUCAACAUGGGCCUGGUGCUGGUCUGCUCUGUGGGGGUGUUCCUCUUCAUCUACUUCUCUCUGUAGGAGGGGAUCUCAACCUGUGAUGUACACAAUAUAGUUUAUAUGUAAUAUGUCUACAUGUGACAUCUAAAGAAGUGUUUCUUCUUUCUGUGUUUCCUACGCCACCCCAAAAGUUCAAGCCCAGUGAAUCAGGUGUGCUUGAGCUGGGCUAGAACAAAAAUGUCCAACCUUGGUGGUACUCCAACAUGGACUCAGGGGUAGACGUAACAUAGGAAACGUAAACCUAGUAUGUAACGUUACAUUACGUAUGGUACAGUGCCUUAAAGUAUUCACACCGCUUUACUUUUUUCAAAAUGUUAUUACAAAGUGCGAUUAAAAUAAUGUAAUUGUCA